AUAGUGAGUUAGCGGAUUUAUAGUUAAAGUGGUAACUUUUUCGAGUGGUUUAGGACAAAACGAAAUAUAAAGUGACGUCAUGUGCGUCACUGAAAUAGUUCCGGGCAGCAAACGUUCUCCUAGCGCUAAAGUUAAAGUCGUUCACAAUAUACGUAUAUUCCAUUUAUAGAGUUUUGAACAUAUAUAUUUUUAAAUAUAAAUAGUUGUAUAGACAAAGUCGCUAUUUUGUAAAUAAAUUUGAAAAACAUGGCACGAAGUUUGCGACCCCUGUUGCAGCGCUUUGGGUUGAUGUGUCCGUGUAAACAGACAGGUGAAGGUAGGGUUGCCAGAGUUCACAGCAGUCAGAAAGAAAAUCCCCGAGAUUCUCAACAAGCUUCGCUUUAUAUCCAUUGGCCGUACUGUUUGAAGCGAUGUUCAUACUGUAACUUUAACAAGUACAUCCCUCGUUCAGUGGAUAACAAGGUUAUGACCGAGUGCCUUCAGCAGGAGACACAGACACUGCUGCAGCUCAGUCGCGUUUCUCAGAUCAGCUCUGUGUUUUUCGGUGGAGGAACUCCCAGCCUGGCCCAAGCCUCCACCGUAGCCGCCGUACUGGAGACCGUCUCUGCGCACACGAGACUCUGUGACCACGCCGAGGUGACGCUGGAGGUGAACCCUGCAUCUGCAGGAAGAACCGCGCUCCCAGACUUCCUGUCUGCUGGAGUCAAUCGCUUUUCUGUUGGGGUGCAGUCUCUGAACGAUGCCAGUCUCAGGGUUCUCGGGAGGGACCAUGACCCAGUGCAGGCUCUGCAGACGCUGGCAGAGGCUCGGAGCCUGUGCCCCGGCCGCGUGUCGGUCGACAUCAUGUUCGGAAUUCCAGGUCAGAGUGUGGAAUCAUGGGAAAGUGAGCUGGAGGAGGUUCUACGCGUGUGUGAUGAUCACGUGUCUCUGUACCAGCUGACCCUGGAGAGAGGAACUCACCUGUACAAGCAGGUACAGCUGGGAGAAGUCAGCAUGCCCGCUGAUGAUGUCACUGCCUCCAUGUACCAAUCUGCUCGGAAAAUUCUGGAGCAGGCCGGAUUCCUACAGUAUGAGGUGUCCAACUUUGCCAGACAGAAUGCUGUAAGUACACACAACCUGGGCUACUGGAGAGCACAGCCGUAUAUAGGAGUUGGACCUGGAAGGAAGGACCGAAAGGAAAGGAAAGGAAAGGAAAGGAAAGGAAAGGAAAGAAGGAUGGAUGGACGGACGGAUGGGCAGACGGAAAGGAAGUUAGGACGGAAAGGAAGGACAGAAAGGAAGGACAGAAUGAAAGGAGCUCACGGCCGCUUUGUUCCCCGAGCGCUGGGCAUGGCUCAUCGUGAGGCACGCACUCAGACGCUAGAGCCAGAUGUUUGGAUAAAAGAAGUUCGGCAGCACGGACACGCGACACGCAGACGUAUUCCGCUCAACCAGCUCAGCCUGUUGGAGGAGGUGCUGGUCAUGGGACUCCGAAUGACUGAAGGAAUUUCACACCAGCACUGGGCAGCGUUCAGCCCUGAAACAGACCUACAUCAGGUUCUUGGUGCCUCAGCUGACGUUCAGGACCUUCAACAGAGAGGCGUCCUGAUCCUCGAUGACAGGGGACUGCGCUGUUCCUGGGAGGGUUUGGCGUUGUUGGACAGUAUCUUACCCGUGUUGCUGCUGGAGUUGGAUACGUUCUUCCACACACACAGACCUGAAGAUGGACAGAGAGAGCAGUGAGAGUGUAAAGUCUGUGCAGCUGAACUACCACAAAGCAGCAGACAGAUUUCUCAUGCUUCCAGUGUGUAUUCUUGAGUAACACUGAAAUGGUGAUGCAGAAGCUUUUUACAUCCUGGCUGUAGUUAUUAUGUCUGUAUGUUGCUGUAAAGGGUUGAUUUAAAUCCCUCAGGAGUUCAUCAGCUAUUAAGUAGUGAACAGUGAGGUGCAGUGGCAGGUGCAGACUUUUACUGUGGAAGGUGUAAAAAGACCAAACAAACCAAGUCCAAACCAAAAUAAAGAAUCCUACAGACUAGGGAAGGCAAAGCAUCAAACACACACAGCGACAGUGAGACUGACAGGAACAAGGACUCGGGUAGAGCUGACAGAACAACUGUAGGUGCGAGUGAGAUAUUUGCAGGUCAUGUGACAUGCAGGGGCUGAUGGGUAAUGCAGUCCAGCGCUGAUUUGGAGGUAAUUGACAGUUUUGAAACCAUGGGUUCCAUCCAUAAGUGGUUUUAAUCCAUAACUUUGUUUUCAAUCAUUUUUAUUUAUUCAUAGUUUUCUAAAGACUAUAAAAAGCAGCAACGUACAUUUGUACACUACAGUAGCUGCUUUAUUAUUAUUAUUAUUAUUAUUAUUAUUAUUAUUAUUAUUAUUAUUAUUAUUAUUAUUACCGUCAUUGUGGUUGUUUGUAAACCAUCCUGCCUUUGAACCUUGAACCUAUUAUUUCUGGAAGCCUCUGGUGAGAUGUCACAUGAUAUUUAAACUGCAAUAUAAUUAACUUUGUGUUUUAAUAUAUUUCAUAUAAUGUGAAAUAUCCACAUUGU